AUGUCUGGGCCAAACGCUAAAAUCGGCAUGAGAGUGGAGGUUGUAGGCAAAGGUCUUGUGGGAACAGUAGCCUAUGUUGGGGCGACGAUGUUCGCUUCUGGCAAAUGGAUUGGCGUCAUUCUGGAUGAACCGAAAGGCAAAAACGACGGUACAGGUACGUUUAUAACAGGCCAUAAAAAAAAAUGUUAGAGAAUGUUUCUUUAGGAUCCUUUAGGCACAGCUGAACCCGGGGAGGGAGGUGGGGGGCUCCCAUAUAAAAUUGACGGGGAUCAUUGCUCGUCGGAAAAUUAAAAUUAAACCCCUAAGCUAAUUUUGGUGUGGCUCUACCUUAAACUGACCCCUAAAUGAGACCGUACUAAAACAGACAUUGUUGGAUUAUUUGUAACUUUCUCUAUGCACAUCCCUAAGCAAUACCUGAAUGGCAUCUUAAACACCCUAAGCGAGACCAAAAUCUUAAACACCCUAAGCGAGACCAAAAUCUGCAAUGUACACCUCUAAGCAAGACGACGAGCAUCCCCAUCACUUUUACGUGGGAGUCACCCCCCAACCCCCCCCCCCCCCCCCCUUGGGGAGGUGAACCUCUAUGAAAAUUUGCAUUGUCUGCUGGUACAGUUACUGAAGCAUCGAUCGUCAUCAUUUCUCAAAGGAUUUCUUUCGAGCUGAUUAACACCGUGAUCUAUUUUUUAAAAAAUGUAAUUAUAUAAAUCUAUUGUUUCAUUAAGUCAAAUCUAAACAAGCUAAUCCCAUAAGGACAUUCCAUUUUUUAUCCGCACCCCUCUAACGAUGGCGGGUUUUUUAAUAUGGGGGUUUGGAUUUUUCUUCAAAGGGGGUGUUUACAUGACACCGGGGCAACUUUCACUCCUGAGUGAGUUCACUCCGGUUCCCUCUCAUGGCUCUACAUUUGUUUACAUGAUACCACCACAAAAUGUCAUGCUGGCAUGAGUCACCCUGGUGUGAUUUCACCCCAGUUGUUGUACUGGGGUGAGCAUUUCAAUCCGGUAUGAAAUCCCAUAACAGUAUCAUGUAAAUGUGAAAUGACCACAAGUUUUGGUGUGAGAUCAGUCUGCUGGUAGACUGGAACAGGUAACGCAUGCAUAAUGUUUGUGAUUUUGAAUCUUACGUGUAUUUUAUCAACACGAAGUGUACCUUCUAAUAACGAGACAUGAAAUGACCCAGUCAUAAUGUAAAACGAUACGAAAUAAAAAAGUCAUCUCGCAAUGAAACUCUCGCCGAUGCGAGUUUUCUCAUGUAAACACCCCCAAAGGAGCCAACAACAUUUGGACCCCUCGGACAUAUUUUUUAAAAGGUGCCAACAAAAAUUUGACGGUUUGGAUUGCAGUUAUCUAUAAAGGGGUGCGGAUGAAAAAUGGAACAUUUUUAUUCAUCCGUUGCCCAUGCCUGGGACAUUGUUUGUCUUUAGAUGAUUUGGCCAUGGUACCAUAAAUUUUGCCAAACAACCACUGAAAAACAUGACUAACAGUACAGUGCAAUGCUUGUUAUUGAAUCUGUGUAGUUCAAGGAAAAGAAUACUUCAAGUGUGCCGAAAACCAUGGAAUAUUUGUGCGACAAUCCCAGAUUACAGUGCUUGAGGAUGUGCCUGCCUCACCCACCCCACAGCGUGGCUCAGCUCCACGGUCCAGCAUUGGAGGAGGUUCCUCUAUUCCACUGCCGUCUUCAAUGAAAAAGGAGAGGGUAAGUUUUAGCUUUAUGUCUAGGUACAAACAGUUAAAGAUUUAAUUCUACCCAAAAGGAACCAAAAAGUCUUUUUUGGAAGCUGUCGAUCAUCAUAGAGGGGGAAUUUAUAGUUACCUCUUUUUGAACUUGCACUGUAGAAGCUAAGUGAUUGCAGAGGUAGUCUAGUGGAGAGAAGUGUUAUUUUUUAGUUCUGAGGAUAUGGGUUCGAAACUCCUGAGUGGCAAUAUUUUUCUCUUUACCCAAGACCACAGCUUAGAAGUUCAUCUUCCUGGUUUCAGUUUUCUUUAGUAUGAUUAGGGCAAAGUAUAAAAUGCAAUUUUGGCUAAUGUGGGGAAAUGAAAUAAAAAUACAUGGCAUGCACACAACAACAUACAUAAGCUUUAUUUAAACAUGGUAUUAAUUAAUAAGCAAAGGUUUAGUUAUACAGAAAGAAGUAAAAAAUAACACAGACAAAAACGAACAACGUUUGGGUGUCAUCUUGACACCAUUUUCAAGUUCAAAGUGAUUGCUGAUAAACUGACAAAAAAAUUUUCGGAUGAUGAUUAGCAUAUAUGAAAUGUGCACAGUCACGCAAAAAGUUUUGCUUGAAUUGAGUCCGAUUGGACGUUUAGAGAAGGUGUUCGUUAACAAUCAAACUUGUUAUUGCAAAUAACAAGUGCAAUUUAUUGUUUAGUGCUCAAUUAAGAGACAGGGCUGUCACUAAGAUUUCAAGUUGCCGGGUAAAUACAACAAGUAGGCGGGGAAUCAAACAGCUAGGGAUUUCUUUUGGUUCUAUUUUUGUUCUAUUUUCCUAUGAAAGUAGCUGGGGGCCAAGUUCUUAGUAGCCGGGGGAAAUCCCUGGCCCCCGCCUCAUAAUGACAACCCUGAGAGAACGUGAUUAUUAUUUAUUUCUAUUUAAUUUUCAUAUUCAAUUUGUUGCAGUCAUUUGGAUCAAGAGGUUCCUUGGACAAUACAGGCAGUAAGGCUUCUCCUCCAUCAUCAAAGAUAGCUACACCAAAAACAAGUGUUUCCUCUGCUCCAGAGCCUGCUGUGCGUGACAGUUCACCUAGCGUGUCCCCUGCUACAAGUGUCCCUCCCAUCUCUUCAGGUCAGAGGAAGUCAUCAGGACCAACAGUAUCUGUUGAUGAGCAUAUGGCACUUCAGAAAAAGGUUUUAAAAAGAUACCCUGCUUUUGUGUAUGCAUAACAACCCUCCAAGUUGUGACCAGUCUGGUCACCAUGGUGCCUAAAAUUUUGCAGCUGGUGACUUGAUUUGUAAAAAAGUCUCCCUGAACCAAAAGAGUUGGUUACCAAAUGGCAACCGAGCAAGAACCUUUACUUGGAGGGUUGCGUCAAGUUACCGGUAAUUAACUGUAGCCGUAAAUACAGUGUACAUUAAAGAAAUCAACAACAAUUUUCCUCGACCUAUACUCUUCCAAACAUGGCAGUGAAACCACGAGCCGCUCCAUUUGAGUUUUGAGCAUUUGUCAUUGAUAAGAGAACAGUCCAUGGGAAAUUGUUGUUGAGUUGUUUUUUUACAAUAACAUUGACAGUUUUUGAGAAGUUUCUUGGAAAAUCGUGCAUGCAAGAAAGAGAAAAGCAGAUAAGAAAUUGCACCACCAUCAUGUCAUUUCCAUAGUCUGUCCUCUUAUGGAACAUAGCUCUUGAACAAUCAGCGAAUGAGAAAUCGCUCAGUUUUGGUAAAAAUAAGAGAAGACCACCUCUUGCCCCCAGACAAAUGGCUAGGCCACUGGGUAAAAUUCCAUCUGGAAAUCAUGGUUGCCUUCUAUAAACUCCAUGACAAACAUUACCUUGGCAGGACUAACUCAGUCAGUAGAGCACUUGACUGCUGAGCUGGAGGUCAUAGGCUCAAUUCCCGGGAUCAGACCAAUACUCAGGGUCUUAAAAUAACUGAGAAAUGAAGGUACUACUUCUGUCCUGUAAAUGGCUAGAAGUUUGCGGGGCUUAGAUGACCACAUAAAAUGGCAGUCUCAUCACCAUUGGGAGACAUAAAAGUAGUGUCCUUAAUUAGCACUUUUAUGCUAUGUCGAUACUCGAAUUAAGCACGUUUCUUAAUGCAUGUUUGUCUAUAUGUAAUCAUGUACAGGUAACAUAACAUAUCUUACUUAAGGUCUCUAUUGUUUUGGACUGGAUGUUCUGAGACAAUAAAGUUAAAAUAUAACUAAAGACUAACAUCAUUUAAAGGCACACUCAUUUUAAUGAAAAUCUGUGUUUAAUUCAUUACAAUAACAUGUACUUAUAUGGUUAUAGGUGAUUGAAAAGGAGAAAGCCAUUGUUGACCUGGAAGAAAAGCUGGAGACAUUAAAAAGCAAGCGACAGGAAGAUAAAGCUAAAAUGAAAGAGCUAGAAAAAACAAGAAUGCAGCUUGAACAGGUUAGUUACAUGUACAUUGUGUACGUAGGUGUUAACAAUAAGUCUUUUCAUGAAGCCUUCUUUGAAUCUCUCUUAUGAAAAUAUCAGAAGCAUUUGUCUUUGAUUACAAUUGAUUCUCACAACCUUUCUGACUGCUUAAUCAUCAGCCUUAUAAGGAGAAAAUUGUGGGUUGCUUUUCAGAACUUUCAAAGGCAAAAUUCUCUCUUAAUUAAAAUGAAAUUUUUUGCAUGUGAAAAGAAGUCUUUAAACUUGCAGAUAUAACAAUAAAAAUUUAGUAAAAAAAUUAGUUAAACACGACAACCAUCAAAAUAUGUUUUUUACAGGUCAAAAUAAAAUUCAGAUUAAAACUUUUUAACCUAGAUUGAUUAUCCAUUUCCUUUUGUCUCCUGGCCCUUAUUAUUAAUGAAUUAGUGCUGGGAUACAAAGGAAGUUGGGAAACAACUGAUAAUUAGGGCUAGGAGACAAAGGAAACUGAGAAUCAACUUAUGUUUAAAAAAUUUUAACCAGAAUUUACUUUUGACUGGUAACAUAAUUUAUGUAGCAGCCAAAUUUAAAAUGUUUAAAACUGUUGCUAGGCAACUGCCAACAUUCAGCCAAUUAUGUAUUCUGAAAUAAUAAAUAAACAUUGUUGCUUCCAGUUUGCCUGUUAUUGAAAUAAGUUGUUGCAUACAAUGUAGCAAUAACUGGUGCACAAUCUCAAUAUUUUGAGGGAUCGUAUUUUUAAAUUAAUAUACUUCUGUGUUCCAGCUUUUUAGCAGAGAAACGUUUAUGUGUAAGUUUUAGUGUCAAGGUGUUUACCUUGAUGGAAUUAAAUGUCACUGUUAGCUGUUCUUUUGUAAACAGAACAUGUCCUUAUUCUGUUUUCAUGUUUACAUGGGCAAGUUUUACAGACACCUGAUUUUUACCAUAUGGUUUGAAUGAAAAAUACUGGUUUUAACUGAUACAGCCCCUGUACAUAUAUUUUUUAAAACCUAGUUUGUUGGUUAUUAAUUUUAUUAUUACUGCAGCUUAGUUUUUAUGAGAGAAAUUUUCCCAUUAUGUUAUAUUUUGAGCAUUCAACCAUGGAGGGUCAUAUAAAGUGGUUUGGUAAUUUCACUGUAGAUGCAAGAGUAUAAAACCCGAUGGCAAGAGGCACAACGAGAUUUACAAGCACAGUUGAAUACCACCAAAAAGGUAAAGUUCUUGCACUAAUCCAUAGUGACUUGCUUGCAUUAACAAAUUUUGAUUAUCCUUCAGGUGUAGGGGUAAAAAUAUAUUAAAUUAUUUGGAGAAUAAUAAUUCAAGUGUGUGUGAAUAAGAAACCCCUCUUUGAAGUUGUUUUUGGAGCAGUUGAACUAAUUUGAUUGUGCAGCAGUUAGUGUAGACACAGAAUUUAACUCCUGCUGCACUGUUUGUGUUUGAAAACAGAGCUUAUUUGCACAUAUUCAAAUAUCUUUUUUCCAAAAUGUAGAUAUAUAAUAACUUUUUAGUUUCUUACCACUGCCUGUUAGAAUAGAUAGGGCUGGAUUGUAUUUAUUCCAAACAGAACAAUCUAAUUGGUUAAUGGUUGCUAAAUUUUAUGAAGUACUACAUGUAUGCUAAUAAUUAUAUUUUCUUUGACACAUUUUACUAGAUGUCUAUGGUUUAUGUACAUGUGUUAUGGUUCAACAUAACCCAUGGUUUUAAAUUUUCCUUUGUUACAAAAUUGUUAUCCUGCAUUACCAUACCCAAAACAAAAGAAAAUAAUAUUAAAACAAGGUUAAAAUUGAACCACAACACAAACAUAUAUUCGCAUUUUUUCAGCAAUGCUUCUAGUAGACAUGGACUACAAUGGAAAAAGAAAUUUAUGCAGAUUCACUCUUAUUGUCACUUUCACUUCAACGGUAUAUACAGUCACACAUUGCAUCUGCAGCAUUAAAAACUGCAGUCUUGUCACCUUUCAGAGCAUUAUGCUGCUAUCUAAAAAUAGAAAGAUUAUUUGACAGUGCCCACAAGGACAAAACCUGGGAAGGCAGGAGCCCAAACUAUUUAGUGUUAGACAUUACAGCAUGAAGUUGGGAGGAAAUGCUCUUGCUUGGUUUAUUGACUGACUUAUUUUUCUGGUCAUAAAGAGGUUCAAAGACUCUUCCCACAUUCCUGCAAACAAAGGCACCAACUUAAGUCUUAGAUUGACAAACUACAGUGAAUAACAGUAUUGAAGAAAUCAUCAUCAAGUUAAUCAUUUUUUUGUUUAAUUUUAACAGGAACUCAAAGAGUUGAGUGAAAAUCGUCAAGAGCACAGUGAAGAGUUGACAGAAUUGCAAGAAGCUGUUGAAAUGGCAACACUGGACAAGGAAAUGGCUGAAGAAAGAGUAAUAAUUAAUGAUUUACUCAUAAAGUAAUAUAAGAGCUGAAAGAGGGCAGUGUUACCGAUUGUUAGUGCAUGUUCAAGUGAUCUCUGAUUAAUGGCUGUAUUGUUUCUCCGCAGUCACAAGUUCAACUCUUCACUCACACUUGUAAUAAAUGUAGCUAACUGGUUUACCUCCCAUGAGUGGAGUUUUUAAUCAUUUUAUGUUGAAUUUGAUUAUUUGUUUAAGGGAAUACAAGUAGCCUGUUUUUUAAUUAGCUGUAGAGCAGUCAAGUGCACUUCCACUACAAACAAGCAUUUACAUUUUUCCCAACAUUUUGUGGGAUUUUAUUUUUUCUUCUACUCACAAAAUUUUAUUUCCAGUACCCAGAAAUAUUUCUUGGCCAUGUUGCAUUCUCUGAUGGUGGUAUUUUUGCAUUUAGUUGGAAUCGCUUCAACAAGAAAAUGAUCAACUAAAGGAGAAACUAGAAGAGGUCACUUUGGACUUAGAAAUCCUGAAGAAUGAAGUCAGUGAAGGAGGUAAUUUCAAGUACUACUUUGAAAUUUAAAAAAGGGCUCAGUUGAACUCUUUCUUCAGUGUUGAGGACAAGUUAGGGACCUUAAGAUCCCACCACAGGAACGGCAACCAAAACAUGAAAAAGCGAUAGGUUUAAUAAGCAAAACAUCUUACAAUGCUGCUGUUGGAGUACACUUUUUUCUACAUUUCUUUGCUGUCACUGCACAACUAUCACAUGAAGAUGCCUAAAUAAGCCACAAUUAAAUUUUCUUUCCCUUUCUGAACUUUGAUAUGGUUCUUAGGAAUUCAAAUCUAGGAGAGUUUUCCUACAUUUGAUAAAGUAAGUGAAUUGGAAUUAUCACGAUAUACAUGUAGAUUUAGAUUUUUACUGACUUUGUCUUUAAUACUUAUAGGUAUUGAAGGUGCUGCCACAAAUGCUCAGGUGAAACAACUUGAACAGCAAAACGGCAGAUUAAAGGAAGCGAUCCUUAGGUGACUGAACUACAUUUACCAUUCCUCUUGCUCUAUAAAAAUUUGGAUAUUCUAGAUAGAAAACAUAAAAAGAAAGACAUUGUGUUGCAAGAUAAAGUUUCCCAGUCUUGGAGAAUGUGAAAUCAAGAUGAAGACCAAAUUUGUAAAUAAAAUAGCAAAGGCACAGAAAUAGAGAGGAAUAUUGGAAUAAUAUUCCAGUUUCUUGUAAUGUUCUUUUAUGCUUGUUGUAAUGUUUGUGCAUGUUGUAUCAGGCUUAAAGAAGUUCAAGCAAGUGACAAAGCUGAGAUGCAGUCAUUACAAAAACAAAUCAAGGACCUUCAAACUGGAAACACAACACUACAAAAUGAAAGAGAUAGACUGUCUGAAGAGUUGCAGGUACAUGAAUAUUAUUAUGAACCAUCAGAUAAUCCCUUUUUUCUCUCACUUUACUUAUAAUGUAGUGGCUUUGUGCCUAGUUAUCAUUAUUGAGCAUGCCUGUAAGCAUUGAAAUACAUCAACAGUAAAUCAAAAUAUGCCAGUUUCAAAUUAUUAUAAUUCAUACCGAUACUUGGCCCUGAGGCUAAUAGGGGUAUAAAACAAAAGAAAUUGCAUUGAUAUCCAGAGAUGGAUAAAUCAUUUAUUUUGUUUUAUUUCCCUCAGCCUCAGGGUCAGGUAUAAGUAUUGGUAAUUCAAAACUGCAAUGGCCUAUUUUGCUAUUAAUAAGACAUCUUUCCUUGUGUGUCCAUUAUUAUGUUACAAGCAAACUUUGAUGCAACAAGUUCCAUGUAUGCAAAAUCAUCAGAGAACCCCAUAGUGUUGAUUGGAAAUACAUUAACCUAACUUUAAUCUCCAUGCCUUCAUUAAUGUUGCCUCUGCUCGGCAAAAGCAAGACUUGUUGUGUCUGUUAUCAAUCUCAGACAUUUCCUACAACAAUGACAUAUCUUAUGGGUGCAUAAUCUGUUAGCUCUUAUCUGCUGCUUAAAUUUGUUCCUUUUCAGGAGGCUGAAUCUUCUUUGGCUGAACUUAAAGAUCAAGUAUGUGGUUUGUUUGUUUGUUUGCUUGUUUGUUUUAAUUUAAACGCGUCAACAAUAGAUGAGCUUGGGGAAGGUGCCUGAAUCGUGGAGCAACAAGCACAAAAGCUGAGUGUGUAAGGUAACCAUGACAACCCUGUGAGUGGCAGCCACCAGGCAAGGUUGCACUAAAAAAACAGUGGAACAUUCUUACCUCAUACUUACCACAGAGAGAGAGGGAGGGCAGGGAGUGAAGUCGCCGAGCAUAACUGAAACGGGCCUAGCACAUGAGAGAAUGAGUUGACCUCAACAGCUGAGCUAUAAAACCACACGACCCCCUAUAGACCCCCACCACUCCGCAUGCCUGCAAUGGGGGAGGUUGCUGACCACCAUUGUUUCGUGUUUAACUCGGCUUAUGUUAAAUUGCUUUUAACCACAAUAUAUAUUUCAACUUUAUCACCUUAACUGCAUGAUUGAAACAGAGAAAUAAAUUAAGUUUAAGCCUUUCUUAUAAUCAGCAAACCGUAUACUUGAAAAAAGUAUUGACCUAUUCAUGCACACAAUCAAAUUUUAUUGUCUCAAUGAAUUGUUGUAUUUAUCUCGACUGCACAAAAAGUGAAAGUACUUCUUUUUUCUUAAUUUUAACAUUAUUCUUAGGUUGACACUGCUUUAGGAGCAGAGGAAAUGGUUGAAACUCUUACAGAUAAGAAUCUGGCCUUAGAAGAAGAAAUCAGAACACUCCGAGAAAAUGUUGCAGAUUUAGUGAGUUCAUCUAUUACAUAAUUAUUUAAUUUCAAAGCGAUCUACUUACUGCACUCCCCAGGUUUUUCUGUUAAAAUAAUUAUUGUUUUGUAGAAGAAAAGUUGGGUAAAGUCGUGAAGAAAUUAACUUGUGCCUGACUGUUAUGUGAGCUCUGUUUUAGCUCUGUUUUAGCUAUGUUAAAAGAUAAAAGCUGUUCUGUGAUGGUUAUACCCAACUACAUCCCCCUAAACAAAAUAGAUGAAUAGGAUGCAAGCACUUUUUUACUAAAUAUUAGUUCAAACGUUUUAAUUUUUUAUUUUUCUUCUCCCGUUAUUAAUUUUUGAAGAUUGAAAAUUGGGUAAAGUGAGACUUUCUAUCAGACCUGGUACAUUUAACUGAAAUUAACCUUUUGAUUUUGUAGGAGGCUCUCAGAGAUCUCAAUGAGGAACUUGAAGAGAACCACAUGCAAACUGAGCGGGACUUGAGAGAGGAGUUAGAAAUGAACAGCAAUAAUCUCCGGGAGGUAAACAUAUGCCUACAAACUCCCAAGCACGCUUGCCUGCAGAUGGUGCUUUUUGUUUUGCACAACUUUCCAUAUGCUGAGUGCUCUGCCAUGUUUUGUAUUCCUUUUAUAUUCUUAGAAUGACCUUUGAGCUUUAGGGACUGUAAAUCAAACUGCAGCUAAUAAAAUGUGGAAGCAGAAUCAAUUUGUACAAGAGUUCCUUCAACUUCUGAUGACUGAUUUCUUGUCUGUAGAUGGAGCGUAAACUGGAGGCAGCACAUGAAAGUAUUGGAGAUCAUCAGCAAACAAUUCUGAAGUUCAGGGAUUUGGUAGCCAAGCUACAGGUGAGACCUGUGUUUAUUACCAAUAAGGAAUUGCUUGAUGUCA